AUGACGUUUAGUAAACUCAACUCUGAUGGCGUAAUGCUCUUUGAGCAGCCAUUCGCCCGGGUCCCAUACGAAAACUACCGCAAAGUGUUUCGGACCUCGCAGAAGAACAUCGAGAAAGAGAUGGGCGCCGUUCAGACCGCAGCAAACGAGCUCGCCAAACGCCCCGAUGCUGACGCCGACGCGACCCUCAAGGCCAUCGACGGCAUGAUCGCACGCGUCGAUGGCCUCAAACGCAAGCUCUCGGACAUGCAGGAAACGUCAGGCAGCCCGACCCUGGGGGUCAUGCGCGAGCGGUUCCAACACCUCGCCGCUGUCGAGAACGUAGAAAGUCUGACGGCGCCCGAGUUCACGCGGUGGGCUGACGUUCGUCUAGACCGAUGGCUCGUCGACUGGUGUCUCCGGAACGGCAAGGAGAAGACUGCUCGCAUGAUUGCAACACAGAAGGGCAUCGAGAAAUUGGUCGAUAUCGAUCUAUUCUCGGAUAUUCGGAGGAUUGAAGACGGUCUCACCCGCAGGAGCUGCACUGAGGCUCUCACCUGGUGCAGCGAAAACAAGCAGGCGCUCCGAAAGCUCAAGAACACUCUGGAGUUCGAUCUCCGGCUGCAAGAAUACAUCGAACUUGCCCGCGUGGGCAAAGCACAGGAAGCGAUGGCAUACAGCAAGAAGCACCUUCUUUCGUGGCAAGAGACGCACCAUGACCAAAUCAUACAAGUCGCGACGCUGCUCGCUGUUCCGCCUGCCAGAGCGUUCGGCCCAUACAAACGCCUUUACGACCUCGGUCGCUGGAACACACUCAUCCAAUCAUUCCGGCUCGCGAUCUACCACCUCAGCACGCUCCCGACGGAGCCACUCCUGCACCUUGCAAUGUACGCCGGACUGGCAUCGCUGAAAUUGCCCGCUUGUUACGGCCACGAGACGCGCAACGUCGACUGCCCGGUGUGCCAGCCGGACCUCGGCACCCUCGCGCGGGAGGCCCCAUUCAGCCACCACGUGAACUCGACGAUCGUGUGCCGGAUCAGCGGAAAGAUCAUGGGCGCGGACAACAUGCCGCUUGCGUUCCGGAACGGGCAGGUGUACUCGAGAGAGGCUUUGGAGGAGAUGGCGGCGCGCAACGAUGGCUAUGUUGUCGACCCGCGUGACCCCGGCGAGCGGCAAAAGUUCAGCGAGCUUCGCAAGGUGUUCAUCUCUUAG